AUGAUUUUGGGGUUGGACAAGGUCACCUUUAAGGAAGAUUUCCGAAAGGACUUUGUGUUAGAGUUUGGCGGCGGGAGUGGCGUUAAGGUAGUAUUCCUGCGUCGCUCCUCGUCCGCGGGUGGAGCCGCCUUGGUUCGCUGCCCAGUUGAGGCGGCGGCCAAGGCGGUUAAAGCAGGGAAGCUUCCGGUGGGCUGGGUGGUGGCAAGGGUGCGAGCACUCCGCCCCCGCCUCCUACAGUGCUACAGGUGUUUUCAACCUGGGCACUGCAGGGCUCUGUGCUCCAGUCAAGUCAACCGCAGCAAUCUGUGUUAUCGCUGUCGUCGGCCGGAGCACAGAGCGGCCAGCUGUAAUGAGAAGGAGGGGUGUCCUCUUUGCGAGGAGGCGGGCCGGGAGUCCUCCCAUCAAAUGGGUGUGGCCCGGGUCUUGGUCAUCGGUCGGGGGGCUGCCAUGCCCUUAUUAAACCCCCAAUGA